AUGCGUUUUAUCUAUUUCCUUGCGCUUAUUCUCCCUGCGACUAUGGCUUUACCGACCAAUCGUGAGGGCAAGGGGCUGGUGGAGAGACAGGAUCUGGAGAUACCGCCAUUGAAACCGAUUGGUGAGGCAUUGACAUUGGCGCCGGAGAUAGAUAAAUGGAUUGUUCUGCUUCAGGCAGCGAAGAAAGAGGUGACGGAUCAGGGUCUUCUUGCGAAGCUUGAUGAGGCUAUUUCCAAUCUCAGUACCGGUAGAGAUGUGGAUGUGGAGAAAUUGCUUGAGCUCCUUCCGAAGGCGACAAGGGAGAGAGUGAAGUCCUAUUGGUGA